ACGAUCAGUAGCGGGGAGACAGUGACACACAGGCGGACGCUUUCUGCAUCAGCACCGCGGAGGAGAAGAAAAUACAACAACCGGGACAUCUGCGACAUUUCCCCCCGGCGGAGUGUCUGGUGUCCGGAUGCACUGACGGACAGUGAAUGCGGCACGUUGUGAAAGGAACAUUUGUCUCCAGACCCGCCCUCGGCCCCGGCCUGUCCCCUCCGCAACAAUGAACUCCUCUUCGCCACACGGUUCCCGCGCCUCCAUCGACAUCCUGGAGGAACUUCAGCUGAUUGCGGCGCAGAACCUGGAAAAACUGGACAUCAACAAAUACUAUGAGGUUGUCUGUGAACUGGGGAAGGGCACCUACGGGAAGGUGGACCUGGUCAUCCACAAAAUCAGAGGCACAAAAAUGGCCCUGAAGUUUCUGAGGAAGAAGACGACGAAGCUGAAGAGCUUCCUGAGGGAGUACAGCAUCUCGCUCUACCUGUCGCCCUGCCCCUUCAUCAUCAACAUGUACGGCAUCGCCUUCGAGACCGACGAGUACUACAUCUUCGCCCAGGAGUACGCGCUGGCGGGAGACCUGUUCGACAUCAUCCCUCCGCAGGUGGGACUUCCUGAAACGGUGGCGAAGCGCUGCGUCCACCAGGUCGCCAUCGCUCUGGACUACCUGCACUGCAAGAAGCUGGUCCACCGAGACAUCAAACCCGAGAACAUCCUCAUCUUUGACAAAGAGUGCCGGAAGGUCAAGCUGUCGGACUUUGGCAUGACGCGGCGCGCCGGCUCUCCGGUGAAGCGUGUGAGCGGCACGAUCCCGUACACGGCGCCCGAGCUGUGCGACACCUCGCGACACGAGGGCUUCUGCGUGGACUACAGCACGGACGUGUGGGCGUUCGGCGUGCUGCUCUUCUGCAUGCUGACCGGGAACUUCCCCUGGGAGAAGGCCAUGCCCAACGACGCCUUCUAUGAGGAGUUUGUCCGCUGGCAGCGCCGCCGGACGGGCACGGUGCCGUCGCAGUGGCGCCGCUUUACUGACGAAGCUCUACGAAUGUUUCGCAGGCUCCUCUCCAUCGAGCAGGAGCGCCGCUGCUCCGUCAAAGAAGUCUUCAGCUACUUCAACCAGUGCUGGAUGUUGGACACGGAGAACGGGAACAACGGCGGCGGCUGCAGCGGCGGCGGCCAGGGGGGAUAGCAGCAACGCGCCUCCUCUGGACUCAGCUCGUCCUCGUCCGAAGAGGACGUGUUAGUGGACAGACUGAAGCAGCAGAGCCUGUCGCCUGCGUGCGUGGUGGCGAAGGGGAACAUCAUGAUGGACACCCACUACUCGUCCAUGUCUGCCAACAGCUCGCCGUCGUCCACCGGCAGCUACGAGCGAGUCAACAGAGAGAACAAUGAGAGAGGGCGCAUCCUGGUGGCCACGCCCAUCGAGAUCUGCGUGUAGAGGCGGCCGACACACACGUGAUUAAAAGCUGCUGUGAGCUGAAGAGGAAGAGUUUCUCCGAGUUUCUCCGAGAAGAGGAGAAAAAAGUGCGGCGACUUGGUGCUCGGCAUCAGGAAUCAACCGUCUGACAUCCGUUGUAGCUUCACUGUGGAUUUGCUCAUUUCUGAUGAAGACGAACUCUGAAGGAAAUGACCCGAGAGACGUUCACAGACCUCCUGUAAUGUGGUUUAUUACGGAACCGGACGACCUUUAAAUCAAUAAAAUAUUUAGGGGGAAUUUAAAAAAAGAAUCAAUCCACAAGCAAUAUUCAAUCGUUUGGAUUAAUCAAUGCAAAAAUAAUCUGUGAAGACGUUCUGCUUUCAGUGAGACCGACAGUACUAUUGUGUGUUUAUUGUCGUGUGUCAUUUUACAUGUUCGGUAGAAACGUUUCUGUAAAAGUGUAUUUUAAUUUGGAGUUAAAGUAUUUAUUUAUAUUUAUAUAUAAUUUGUUUUAUCCAGUGACACCCAGAGAUCUUUUAAAUAUUUAAUUGUUAGACAUCUUUCUUUAAAUAUUCGCCAUCAUGUCGUCGUGAUCUCCCAUAAAAGUAGACGUAGACUGUUUUUAUCACCCGAAAAUGUCCUUUUCAUGUUCGCCUGUGAUGCCUAAAACCCACAAAUGUACAGUAGCAACCGACAACAUGAGCGGCUGAAAACGUUAAUUUUAAUUAAUUUAACCUCCUUCCAACCAGUCGUCUCAUUAAACUGCAGUAAAAAACGCUGCUGCAGCCUCGUUGUCUUAAAACUGAUCACAUAUAAUCAGGACAAAUAAGAGAAAAACGUUCAAAAGUAUCACGAAUAAUCCUAAUUUUUCUACUUGCAUGGUUAAUAGAGAAAAUUGACAUUUUACCUUUAAUUGAGCACUUAAUUAGCAACGUUUAUUUGGACUUUUCUCAGUAAAAAUGAGAAGAUCCAGUUAAUAUUGUUAUUAUUGAACAUGAGGAUUUAAUUCUUUCAACAGGAGAGAUCAAAAUUCUGUAUUUUGGACGUUUUAUUCCAUUAUUUGCUGUAUAAAUCAGAAAGUUAAACCCUGACAAUGUGAGAUAAGAUGGACUCGUGUAGAAAACGCAAAAAAAAACAAACAAUAAAAAGUCUUUUUGGAUUUUGGGGGAUUUAAAUAUUUCUUUUGUGUUUUCCAGAAGUAUUGCAUGAAGUGAUAUUACUGUGGUGAAUACUUGUUGAAAUAAAC